UAUGUGGAAUAGCGCUCAGGCGCGUACGUACGUCAGUAGCACGGUAAGAGAUACGACGUUGACUACACACCGAGUGGUGUGGCCGAAAAAACGAAAAAAAAAAGGAAAGGACAAAGAAGCCUGUGAUUUGGAAGAAGGCGAUAUACAUCUCCUUCUCUGUCUCACUUGCUCCCCUUCACACUCCGUUCUUCGAGGUAAAGCAGAAGAAACCCCCGCGGUUGCUCGUUCGUUCUCAAAAGUCUUACUCGUUGUCACGCGCUAAAAAUACUCCCGCACAGUCUUCCGAGGGUGUACCAUGCCAAAGGAGAACGGAAAUUAGGACGACAAAAGCAGUCAACAUCGACCUGGAACUGUCAUGGAACGGUUUUCGAGAGUGGCAUGUUAUUUACGAUGGAAGAGAAACGCGACACCUCAUGAUCAUGAUACAAGCGAAGUGGUUGCAGAAGAUGACCGCAAUACUGUUGAGAUUGAACGAUGCAAGAAUGUCGGGUGCAAUUUCGAAGCUUCGAGGCGGCUUUGCAGCAUUCUGGAGAGUAUCUUCCUUUGGGAGAAUUCCGUGAACAGUAUCUCUGUCGUCAUCGUAUUCAACAUACUGUUUUGGGGUAUUAUUGUAUUAGAGAUCCGUGGCUUUGCUGCAGCCAGCAGUGCUGCGCUGGUCAUAGUCCUCUGCUAUUAUACAGUAGAAGCCCACAUACAAAAAUGUAUAUUUUGUAGAUCAUGUGCGAAAACAGAACAAUUUGAAAAAAUUGGGAAAAAGGUGAAAUCAGCAAUUCAUUCUUUGAAGCAACUGAAAAAAGAUCAACCAGGAGUGUUUUGCACUGCAGUUUGUUCUUUCUCUUUGGGUUUGUGGAUUAUUGGUCGCACUAUAAAUGGUGUACUUCUUGCAUAUACAAUAUGCAUGAGCAUUUUACUUGGACCCGCGCUAUUAUUGAAACUACCCAACAAGAUGAUAUCACACAGAGAAUGGGAUAGUGAAAUUGAAGAAUUUUUACCAGCAGUUACUGAGGACAAUCUUCAAGUUCUUGCAAGAGCAGGAGAAUCUGGGGAUCAAUCUCCAACACCAACAAGUGUGUUGUCUGAUGCUCAAAAUGAAUUUUUCAACGAUGAUGACAUUCUAGGUCUAAAAAUGCCAUCCCAUGAAGAUGGAAGUACUGAUGGUGUAGAAGUUUCUGAAUUAGAACUUAGUGUUGAAGAAACAGACAUGGAUGGUAGUAAAUUUCAAAGUGGUCAUUUUGAGAAAGAAUCAUCAUCCGAGGGAGAAGCAGAACUUGAACCUCUUUCAAGAAAAUCAAUUAGUCAUAGUGAUGAAAGUGGUAGCGAAUUCGAAAUGAUUGAUAGUCAGGAUGUUGAUGACUUAGACAUUGCAUGAAAAUUACAGACAUGUGAACUGUGAAGUUAUUAUUAUGCAGAAUAGGCUUAAAGCAGUUGGUAAUUUUACAUCUAUCGUACUGGUUCCUAUUAAUGUGUCAUAAAGUCAACUUGUACACAUUAAUAAAUCAAUCAAUUUCUGCCUUUAUACAAAAUAUUUGUAUAUGUACUUUCCAAUCAAAAAAUUGUUUUACUAUUUUUUAUAAAAUGAAUCUGCUUUUAUAAUGUACAUCCUUAAGAAUAAAUUAAGAGUAUAGUUACUAUA